AUGUGGACCCCGGAUGAGAUUGCGCGCCUGUGUUACGAGCACUAUGGGAUCAGGCUGCCCAAGCAGGGGAAGCCUGAGCCCAACCGGGAAUGGACGUUACUGGCAGCUGUGGUGAAGAUACAGCCUAUAGCUGGCCAACCCCAUGACUGCCCAGACACACAGGUACAAGUGACAAAGGAAGUUGUCUCAAUGGGAACAGGAACAAAAUGCAUAGGCCAGUCCAAAAUGAGGAAGAGCGGAGAUAUCCUCAAUGAUAGCCAUGCUGAGGUCAUAGCCAGAAGGAGUUUCCAAAGGUACCUCCUCCAUCAACUUCACUUGGCGGCCACCCUGAAGGAGGACAGCAUCUUUAUCCCAGGGACUCAGAGAGGACUGUGGAAACUCAGACCAGGCCUUUCGUUCUUAUUUUUCUCCAGCCAUACGCCCUGUGGGGAUGCCUCCAUCAUUCCAAUGCUCGAGUUUGAAGAUCAGCCUUGCCAUCCUGUCAGUAGAGAUUGGGCCCAAAACCCACCAAUGGAAGCCAGUGGUAACCUGGAAGCUACUGAAGAUAAAAGGAACCGUGAAGACCCAGACGGUCCCGUGACCAAAAAAAUGAGGCUGGAGCCCGGAACUCCUGACAGAAAAGUCACCAACGGUGUGGCUCACCAUCAGAGUUUUGGCAAUCAGGGGAGUGUCAGCAGCUCUAACGUCACCUCAGAGGAGCUGGCCGCUGUUCCUGGGAUGGCCCCCAGGGGUCCCAAAGUGGUGGAUGUUUACAGGACCGGAGCCAAGUGUGUGCCUGGCGAAGCUGGAGACUCGGGGAAGCCUGGUGCUGCGUAUCACCGCGUAGGGCUGCUCCGAGUGAAGCCAGGCCGCGGAGACAGGACUUGCUCCAUGUCCUGCAGCGACAAGUUGGCACGGUGGAACAUCCUCGGAUGCCAGGGGUCACUGCUGAUGCACUUCCUGGAGCAGCCUGUGUACCUGUCGGCCGUGGUCAUCGGGAAGUGCCCGUACAGCCAGGAAGCCAUGCAGAGAGCGCUGGUUGGGAGGUGUCAGAAUGUCUCCUCUUUACCCAAAGGCUUUGGCGUUCGGGAAGUGAAAAUACAGCAGUCGGGUUUACUGUUCGAGCAGAGCCGCUGUGCAGUGCAGGCCAAAAGGGCCGACAGUCCAGGGCGACUUGUUCCUUGUGGAGCAGCCAUCAGCUGGAGUGCAGUUCCUGAGCAGCCAUUGGAUGUCACUGCCAGUGGCUUUCCGCAGGGAACAACAAAGAAGGGAAUCGGAAGCCUUCAGGCCAGAUCUCGAAUCAGCAAAGUGGAACUCUUUAGAUCAUUCCAGGAGCUGCUAAGCAGUAUUUCAGAGGACAAGUGGCCAGACUCCCUCAGGGUGCGGAAGCUGGAAACAUACCUGGAGUACAAGGAGGCUGCAUCUGCUUACCAGGAAGCCUGGAGCGCACUCCGGAAGCAGGCCUUUGGGUCCUGGAUCAGAAACCCCCCGGAUUACCACCAGUUUAAAUGA